AUGAUUCUCUCCAUGGAAGUCGCCAGCGGGAUGGAGAGUUUUGACCCCAUUAUUGACGAACGUCUGUUCUUGGGCAAUCUCACUGCAGCGGAAUCACCCCGAACCAUGGCACGACUGGGCAUAACCCACAUUGUUUCUGUUUGCCCUGAUCUUGUCCAAGCUGCCGCCCCGAUAAAUCACCUAGUUAUUCCCAUCGAAGACAACGACGAGUCCAACAUACUGCAAUACUUGACCAAUACUUGCGCAUUCAUCCAUGCCGCAAUUCGCAGUGGUGGCAAGGUCUUUCUUCACUGUGUCAUGGGUAUUUCCCGAAGCGCAACUGUUGUUUGUGCCUAUCUCAUGUUUGCUCGCCGCAUCAGCGCCGCGGGAGCCAUCGAAUUCCUUCGAAAGUGUCGGCCUAAAUCUCGUCCUAAUUAUAACUUCACCCGUCAGUUGCUCGUUUUCUCGGCUUGCGAGUAUCAAGUCGCAUCAAACAAAGCGCCUUAUCGUCUCUGGUUGCAACGCCAGACUUUCGACAUAGCAAAUGGAAUCCGUGUUGUCGACGCUAUGCGCAUAACCGACGGCUUGUUUCUCAGUUUCAAUUUGCCUUCGAGGCUCGAACAAUCAUCUAUCCUAUUGGACCAUCUGGGAAUCACCCACAUCGUUUCUAUUAACCCAGAUCAAGUAACCAGCUCGCCGAACCCAGCCGCGCUUUGCUCAAGCCGUGUGCACAAACACUUUAUUGCCCCGUACACAUCCAAAGAGGCCCUUCUUUUAUCUCUCCCUCUACUGUGCAAGUUUAUCGAGACAGCACUACAAUCCCCCUCCUCGCGCGUUAUUUUGCACUCAAUGGACGAAACACGCGCCGGUCUUGCCCUUUGCGCCUAUGCAAUGUUCUCGCUCAAAGUUGGGGCUCUAGAGGCCCUUGCUCUCCUACAGGAUUGUGUGCCAUCCUUCGAAACUGAACCAUCCUUCCUUCACCAGAUCGAGCUUUUUGCUUCCUGCCAGCACAUACCAACCUCUAGGCACCCUUUGGUACGGGCCUGGGUUUCAGGGAAGCCUCGUAGCGUUGUCGACGUCGGUACCGUCUCGACGCCUCCGAAAUUCACAAAAACUCAUCCACCCUUGAUCCCAUCAAUGAGUGUUGGUGCUUGA